AUUCGCACAGCCUCAGUAACGAUCGUAAGCUGAAAGCGCCUGCACGCGUGUGCACUGUGGCGCCCGAAAAAUCCAACUCGAAGCGCAUCCAGCCAGACCGUUUACGGCCUUUUGAGGGGUCCGUCCAUUGCUCCAUCUCGCGCCAAUUGUGUGUUCGGUCUUCGUGUUUUCGCUCUCACGGUGGUGGCGCGCGGGUGACCCUAAACAGUUCACACCCCAACUUUGUUGCUGCUGGGGUCGUGUUUCCUAGUGCUAUUACAUUACGCAUUUUUUGCCUCCUGUUUCGUCUGUGCCGUGUGAUCGAUGUCUGUGGGCCGAUAUUAUUAUUGAAUUCACGGUUGACAUCAAUUGAAGAAUAAAGUGGAUUAUUUUACAUCCGUUCGAUAACGCUCAGCAGUACAAGUUCCAAGUGUGUUCAGUUGUUUUGUUUUUUUUCUGUUGUCGUUGAAUGUUUUAUCGUUAGUGACCGAAGGCUAAAAAUUAUUAUUCGUAUAAUCGUCGAGAGGAAAAGAAGUUGCAAUUAUGUACAUGUAUGAACCACCAAAGAAGAAUAGCUUCACUUCUGUCGAAGAAUUCCAGGAGGCGUUCAAUCUGUUCGACAACCGCGGCGAUGGCAAGAUCCAACAGCAGCAGAUCGGUGAAUGCUUACGGGCUCUCGGUCAGAACCCGACCGAGUCGGACGUGAAGAAGUUCACCAUGCAGCUGAAGCCGGACGAGCGCGUUUCCUUUGAGGUGUUUUUGCCGAUCUACCAGGCAAUCUCGAAGCAGCGUACCGCGGACACGGCGGACGAUUUCAUCGAAGGUUUGCGUCACUUCGACAAGGAUGCGAGCGGGUUCAUCUCGUCGGCCGAGUUGAGACAUUUGUUGACGACGCUGGGCGAGAAGUUGGCCGACGAUGAGGUCGAACAAUUGCUCCAGAAUCAGGAGGACUCGCAAGGCAACGUCAACUACGAAGAAUUUGUUCGAAUGGUCAUGAGUGGUUGAGCACAAAUGGCGUAAAUCGCAAAACUUCCACCAUAUUUUUCUCAUAUUCCAAACGAAUAAAAGCAUUAAAAUUGCAAUGAAGAAACAAACAAUAUAGUUACAAGUGGAUAUACUACGAAAAUAUUUAGCCUGUUUCUGCCCUAUUUGGACCAUAGUCGCCUUUAACAUGUUACUUAACCGUAUUUACUUUAAUUCCGCAAAGUUUCGUUUUACGAUAUCAGCAACUACAGCUUAAAUAUAAAGAGAAAAUUCGACAAAAUUUAUAGUAUUAUUUGUGAAGCUUCAAUUUCGAAUGUUGCUAUUUGCACACGUAAGAUUCCCGAAGCAGUAAACGUACUGUCAAAUGCAUUUCUUCAGUUGUUAUUUUAAAAAUAAAACCAAGGUUACGUCUUUUUGAAACUAUUAUAUUUUAAUUUGAGUAAUAAAAGAAUAAUUUAUACACUUA